AUGCAGUGUAUGAUCGCAGUCCUUGCUGAUGCUGCUGGGACACCCGAGACAUCUGGUCCUCGUCCUGAGCCAGUCCCUGCACCAGCCUCUGUCCCUUCUGCUGACGAGGAGGAUGAAGGAUUCCUUGCUGAUGCUGCUGGGACACCCGAGGCAUCUGGUCCUCGUCCUGAGCCAGUCCCUGCACCAGUAGCUGUCCCUUCUGCAGACGAGGAGGAUGAAGGAUUCCUUGCUGACGCUGCUGGGACACCCGAGGCAUCUGGUCCUCGUCCUGAGCCAGUCCCUGCACCAGUAGCUGUCCCUUCUGCAGACGAGGAGGAUGAAGGAUGUAUUACAUUAACAGAGUAA